AUGGACUCGCUCAGCUCAGCCUCCACGUACUGCACCGAGUGCAUCGGCACCUACGGCCAGGGCCAUGGCGAACCCCACUUCGAGGGCGACCGGCGGCAUGGGCCCUUUGGGGCACGGGCACAUGAGGCCUUUGGGUUCCCAGGGUCCCCAGGCGCCAUGUGCCCCUGCAGCCUGGGCACCUGGGUGCGUGCCCAGGGUGACACCUACCAGAUGGUGGCCGACGUCAGCCAUUUUGAGCCCCCUGACAUCGUGGUGACCACCUCCAACUGCCAUGUUGCCAUCCAGGCUGAGAAGGUGGCUGAGGAUGGCACCGUGUGUGACACCUUCACCCACAAGUGCCAGCUGCCCGAGGACAUGGACCCACUGUCGGUGAGCUGUGCCCUCACCAAGGCGUGCAUUCUGGUGAUCACUGCGCGGCGUCGUGCCAGAGCCCGCCCUGGCGAGCCCCUACAGAUGCUGUACUGCAGUGAGGCCACGCUGUGA